UUGAGUACGUUAAUCGGUGUAAACAAAACUCAAGGAAGACUGCGGAUUAUUACUUCACAGUUUUAUUUUUACAAUAUCCCGGUUUUUUUGUACAACUAGUAAAAUGUCGGAUGGUGACGACGAUUUUAUGUGCGAAGAGGAAGAAGAUUAUGGCUUGGAAUAUUCAGAGGAUUCCAACUCGGAGCCUGACGUAGACUUGGAAAAUCAAUAUUACAACAGUAAAGCACUUAAGGAGGAUGAUCCUAAGGCGGCGUUACAAAGCUUUCAAAAAGUGCUAGACCUGGAGGGGGGCGAUAAAGGAGAAUGGGGAUUCAAGGCGCUCAAACAAAUGAUCAAAAUCAAUUUCAAACUGUUGAAUUACAAGGAAAUGAUGACUCGAUACAAGCAGCUCUUAACGUAUAUCAAAAGUGCAGUGACGAGAAAUCAUUCAGAAAAAUCGAUCAACUCAAUCCUGGAUUAUAUCAGUACUUCAAAAAACAUGGAAUUACUGCAAGAUUUUUACGAGACAACUCUAGACGCACUAAAAGAUGCGAAAAAUGAUAGGCUGUGGUUCAAGACGAACACAAAACUUGGAAAGCUAUAUUUCGAUCGAUCAGAUUUUAACAAAUUGGCAAAAAUACUGAAACAGCUUCAUCAGAGUUGUCAGGUAGGUAUUACAGACGACGGAGAGGAUGAUCUUAAAAAAGGUACACAAUUACUCGAAAUAUACGCUCUCGAAAUCCAAAUGUAUACGGCCCAGAAAAAUAACAAAAAACUCAAAACUCUGUAUGAACAAAGUCUCCACAUCAAAAGUGCCAUUCCGCAUCCCCUCAUCAUGGGAGUAAUCAGAGAAUGCGGGGGUAAAAUGCACCUCAGAGAAGGGGAAUUCGAGCGGGCUCAUACGGAUUUCUUCGAAGCGUUUAAAAACUAUGACGAGUCCGGUUCCCCAAGGCGUACGACGUGUUUGAAGUAUCUGGUCUUGGCUAACAUGUUGAUGAAGUCUGGUAUAAAUCCGUUCGACUCUCAAGAGGCAAAGCCAUACAAAAACGACCCCGAAAUACUUGCGAUGACUAAUCUGGUUGUUAGUUAUCAAAACAAUGACAUCAACCAAUUUGAGUCUAUUCUGAAGCAAAAUAGAAACAAUAUAAUGGAUGACCCCUUCAUUCGGGAGCACAUUGAAGACCUUCUGCGCAAUAUUAGAACUCAGGUGCUCAUUAAGCUUAUCAAACCGUAUACAAGGAUCCACAUACCCUUCAUCAGUAAAGAAUUGAACAUCGAUGUUUCCGAGGUCGAAAGUCUGCUGGUUUCUUGUAUUUUAGAUAGCACAGUUCGCGGUCGAAUUGAUCAGGUGAACCAAGUCCUCGAAUUGGAUAAAAAGUCGGUUUGCGCCGCGCGUUAUAACGCUCUAGACAAAUGGACGAAUCAGUUACAGUCACUGCACGUAGCCGUCGUUAAUAAAAUGUCGUAGAUCCAAAUGCAUUGAAUCGUUCUUGCUACGUUGUGAACGAUUCAACGAAAAUAUUGUACUACGAUAAUACCGCAUAUGAUUAUAUAUUUACCAUUAAUCUUGUACAAUAACAUUACAAGCUAUAUUCAGCAUCGAUGAACAUGGCUUCGAAUAAAAUUUAACGUGAUA